ACUUUGUUUAUAUAAAGCUACCCCUCUGCUUUGUAGCUUAUCAUUACAAAUUACAAUAUAUGCUCCCUCUACCAACGACCUGUUGAUCUGAGCGGGGUCGUUGAUCUGAGCAGAAAAAGAUUGAUUCCUCUUAACAACUAGAAAUGGGAGGUGAUCUACGAAGUUUGCUUCUAAAUUUCCUUGUUCUUUCUGUUGCUGCUCUAAAUUCUCUCAAGAAUAUCUGGAGGAAUUUACCCCCCAACUGGGUGGGCUCAGAUCCUUGUGGUGAUGACUGGGUAGGAAUUCGGUGCACGAAUUCACGAGUCAGCUCGAUAACAUUAGGAAGCAUGGGCUUGGAAGGACAGCUGUCUGAUCACAUUUCGUCCUUAACUGAAUUACAGAUUUUGGAUCUAUCUCAGAACCUGGGCAUGACAGGACCUCUUCCAGCAUCAAUUGGGAAUUUAAAGAAGCUAACAAAUUUCUUCCUUAAUCACUGUCGUUUCACUGGUCUAAUUCCCGACGCCAUAGGCUCUUUGCAACAGCUGGUCUAUUUAUCUCUAAAUUCCAAUAACUUCAGUGGACAAAUUCCACCAUCUAUUGGUUAUCUAACCAAUCUAAAUUGGCUGGAUCUGUCUAACAACCAGCUAGAGGGAUCACUUCCAGUGUCAGAUGGACCUACACCUGGCCUUGACAAGUUGGUCAAAACCCUACACUUUCAUUUGGGACAGAAUAAACUUUCAGGCGAAAUCCCAGAGCAAAUUUUCAGCUCAAACAUGUAUCUGAUACAUCUGUUAUUGGACGGCAACGAACUCAUUGACCCUAUCCCUUCAACCCUUGGACUUGCGCAAUCUUUGCUGGUGGUACGCCUUGAUAACAAUUACUUAAGUGGGAAUGUUCCAUCAAACCUCAACAAUCUCAAAAAUCUUACUGAUUUGUAUUUGUCUAACAAUACUCUGAGCGGUACUUUACCCAACCUUACUGGCAUGAGCAGUCUCCAAACCUUGGACUUGAGUAAAAAUAGCUUCGAUUCCUCUGCGAUUCCUAGAUGGGUUUCAUCUUUGUCGUCCUUAACAACAUUGAGGAUGGAAAGCACUCAACUUCAAGGUCAAGUUCCCACCGACCUCUUCAACCUUCCAAAUUUGGAGACUAUAGGACUAAAAGACAACCACUUAAAUGGCACUUUGUCUAUGGGCACAAAAUUUAACCGGCUGAGGCUCGUAGAUUUGCAGAAUAAUGAAAUUGAUGGGUUCAGUGAAACAGGAGAACACAAAAUUGAGAUAAGACUUGCUGGUAACCCCAUUUGUGAUGAGACAAGAAUAACAGAAGCUUACUGUGCACGCCCACAAUCAAAUUCCACAUCCUUGUUUACUACGCCUUUCUCCAACUACCGCCCAACUCGUAGAUGCAGUUCAGGCCAGGUUUAUAGCCCCACGUGCAUGUGUGCACAUCCAUAUACAGGAACUCUAGUUUUUAGAGUAAUUUUCUUCUCAGACUUGGGGAAUCAAACCACAUAUAGAGCUCUACAGGAUUCUUUGAUGCAGUUCUUCGAGUCCAAUCAAUUUCCUGUUGAUUCAGUUUCACUAAGUAAUCCAAGAAUGGAUUCGUUUAAAUUUCUUCUAUUGGACCUUAAUGUCUUUCCAAACGGCCAAGCUAGUUUCAAUCGAACAGGAGUUUCUAUGAUUGCAUAUGCAUUUACCAGCUUGUCUUAUUUCCCGCCACCAUAUACUCUUUAUGGAACUUAUUUUUUCCUUGGUGAAGUUUACAACUACUUUGCAGAUGAACCUAAAAACUCCAAAAAAUCAACUAUUGGCAUCAUUAUUGGAGCAGCUGGUGGUGGCUCUCUACUUCUGCUACUUUUACUUCUUGCUGGGAUUUAUGCUCUUCGUCAAAAGAAGAAGGCAGAAAGAGCAAGUAUAGAGAGCAACCCCUUUGGACACUGGAAUGUCAGGAAAGACAACGGUAGCAUUCCUCAAUUAAGAGGUGUAAGAUGUUUCUCAUUUGAGGAGCUUAAGAAAUAUACAAAUAACUUUUCAAGAACCAAUAAUAUUGGAUCUGGGGGUUAUGGAAAGGUUUAUAGGGGCACUCUUCCCAAUGGAGAGCUAAUUGCGAUCAAACGAGCCCAACAAGGAUCAAUGCAGGGAAAGUCAGGAAUCAUAUUGGAUUGGAUUAGGCGACUCAAGGUAGCCCUUGGUGUAGCUAGAGGCUUGGCAUAUCUGCAUGAAUUUGCCAAUCCUCCCAUCAUACAUAGGGACAUUAAAUCGGCUAACAUACUAUUGGAUCAACACCUUACUACUAAAGUUGUCGAUUUUGGUCUUUCCAAGCCUAUAGAUGACAGUGGAAAGGGCCAUGUUACCACUCAAGUCAAAGGUACAAUGGGUUACAUGGAUCCUGAAUAUUAUAUGACCCAGCAGCUAACUGACAAGAGUGAUGUUUAUAGUUUUGGGGUGCUUUUGUUGGAGCUAAUAACUGCAAGAAAACCAAUAGAGCAAGGCAAGUAUAUUGUAAAAGAGGUGAGAAUGGCAAUGGAUAAGGCAAAAGACUUGUAUAGUCUUCAUCAAAUUCUUGACCCAGCCAUUCUGGAUACAAGCCUAAAAGGUUUAGAAAAGUUUGUGGACCUAGCAAUGAGCUGUGUGGAAGAAUCAGGAGUUGACAGGCCUAGAAUGGGUGAAGUAGUAAAAGCGCUUGAAAUCAUCAUGCAUAUUGCUGGGAUGAAUCCCAAUGUUGAGACACCCACAAGUUCAGCAAGUUAUGAGGAGGCAUCUAAGGGAAAUCAUCCUUUUAGCGAUAAGUCCUUUGAUAAUAGUAGUACAUUUCUAGCUUCAAAUUAAGGCAAUCUGGUAUUUCAAAAAUAUUUAUAUAUGUGUGUGUACAAGUAUGUUUUGUAUUGUAUCUCUUUCGUUUGUUCCAAACUGGAAUGGAUAGAUGAUGGCAAACAAUUGUGUAGAAAGAUCCUAAAAUGCUUUAGGAGCAAUGUUGCAGUGAGGCAAACUCUCCCACUUCUAUUUUUGGUGUUUAUCAUAUUCUUAAAACCACAUCAUCAAAUAAUUAUUUCUUCUAUUU